UUCUGAAACAUUUCAUGUUAGCUGUGUGGCUUAUGUGGGGAAGAGACUGUAAACAAGCAGAAGGGAGAAGAAGGGCAGAGGCAAACAGAAGGGGAGGAAGGGACUCUUGUGUCUGCUCUGGGUGGAGACGUCACACCCAGGGAAGUUAUCAUUCCCCUCUAUUAACCUGAAGACAUCUGCAGAUCAGAAGUGUUUUAUAGCACACGCAAAUAUCAGCAUUCAAACUGCAGGUUUGAAGUUGAUCCAGGAUGCAGUCCUACCUUGCUCUGCUGCUGGGGAUUGUGGCCUCCGCUGCUUCAGCAGAAUGGAGGCUGCCGGUGAUCAAGUUCAACUCUAAGGUGGUGAGGAGUUCAGAGGUGGUGGUCAAACCUGGGAGCGCUCUGGAUCUGACGUGUGAGGGUGACGGGCCUGUAAACUGGCAAACGAGGCUAGCCAAACACAGGCGCUUCGUGUCCAAGGGCAACGGGAAUGUCCGCACCUUUAAGGUUGAACGUCCAUCUGCAGAAUUCACUGGAACUUACAAGUGUUUUUACACUGCUGGGUCACAACAGCAUGAACUGGCCUCCUCAGUGCAUGUGUAUGUAAAAGAUCCAAACCGUGUGUUCUGGACCAGCAGCACGUCCCUGCGGGUGGUGAGGAAGGAGGGUGAGGACUACCUGCUGCCCUGCCUGCUGACCGACCCAGCAGCCACAAACCUGGGCCUCCGCAUGGACAACGGCACCACAGUGCCACCAGGGAUGAACUUCACAGUUCACCGGCACCGUGGUAUUCUCAUCCACAGCCUCCACCCCAGCUUCAAUGCUGACUAUGUCUGCACAGCCAGGGUCAACGGAGUGGAGAGGACCUCCAAGGCAUUUUCCAUCAACGUCAUUCAGAAGCUUCGUUUCCCUCCGUAUGUCUUCUUGGAGACGGAUGAAUAUGUGCGCAUUGUUGGGGAGGAACUCAACAUUCGCUGCACAACACACAACCCCAACUUCAACUAUAAUGUCACCUGGAAAUACAGCACCAAGUCGAAAGCAACAAUAGAGGAGAGGGUACGCUCCAGUGGAGAAAAUCGCCUGGACAUACAGAGCAUACUGACCAUCUCUGCUGUGGACCUUGCAGACACAGGAAACAUUUCCUGCAUUGGCACUAAUGAAGCAGGGGUGAACAGUUCAACCACGUACCUGCUGGUUGUAGACAAGCCCUACAUCAGGCUGUUGCCACAGCUGUCCCCUAAACUGGCCCACCAGGGUCUUUCAGUCGAGGUGAACGAGGGAGAAGAUCUGGAGCUCAGUGUGCUCAUUGAAGCGUACCCCCACAUUACGGAGCACAGGUGGCACACCCCAGCAUCUCCCAACACGUCCACUCAGGAGCACAAGCUCAUCAGAUACAACAACAGAUACCACGCUACUCUGCAGUUGAAGAGAAUGAAUGCACAGGAGCAGGGGCAAUACACCUUCUACGCCAGGAGCGAAUUGGCCAAUGCAUCCAUCACAUUCCAAGUCCAAAUGUAUCAGAGACCUGUUGCUGUGGUGAGAUGGGAAAACAUAACCACACUCACUUGCACCUCAUUUGGCUACCCUGCUCCCAGAAUCAUCUGGUACCAGUGUUUUGGGAUACGGCCUACGUGCAAUGAAAACACCUCAGGGCUGCAGAUGGCGAUCCCUCUCCAGGCUCCUACAGUAGAGGUCCAGAGGGAGGAGUACGGAGCAGUGGAGGUGGAGAGCGUCCUCACGGUGGGGCCGUCUAGCCGGAGGAUGACGGUGGAGUGUGUAGCCUUCAACCUCGUCGGCGUCAGCAGCGACACGUUUGCCAUGGAGGUUUCUGACAAGCUCUUCACUUCCACGUUGACCGGAGCAGCAGGCAUUCUGGCCAUCCUUGUGCUGCUGGUUUUUCUUUUUUACAAAUACAAGCAGAAACCCAGGUAUGAGAUCCGCUGGCAGAUCAUUGAGGCAAGAGAUGGAAACAACUACACCUUCAUUGACCCCACUCAGCUGCCUUACAAUGAGAAGUGGGAGUUCCCAAGAGACAAGCUGAAGCUAGGGAAGAUCCUUGGUGCAGGGGCUUUUGGAAAGGUUGUUGAAGCCACAGCCUAUGGUCUGGGAAAGGAAGAUAAUACGAUGCGUGUAGCUGUGAAAAUGUUAAAAGCGAGUGCCCAUUCAGACGAGAGGGAAGCUCUGAUGUCUGAACUGAAGAUCCUGAGCCACCUAGGACACCACAAGAACAUUGUCAAUCUAUUGGGAGCGUGCACCUAUGGGGGACCAGUGCUUGUGAUCACAGAGUACUGCAGCCUUGGCGACCUCCUGAACUUCCUUCGCCAAAAGGCAGAGACCUUUGUGAACUUUGUUAUGAACAUUCCUGAAAUUAUGGAGAACUCGAAUGACUACAAGAACAUCUGUAGUCAGAAACAGUUCAUUCGAAGUGACAGCGGGAUCUCCAGUACAUCCUCAAGCAGUUACUUGGAGAUGAGACCCAGCCAGCUGCCAAAUACUGAGUCAUCUCAAGAAGACUAUGUGUGUGAGGAUACUGGUGACUGGCCGCUGGAUAUUGAUGAUUUGCUAAGAUUUUCCUUUCAAGUGGCUCAAGGCCUUGACUUUCUGGCUGCCAAAAAUUGUAUUCACAGAGACGUGGCUGCUAGGAAUGUCCUCUUGACCAACAACAGAGUGGCCAAGAUUUGUGACUUUGGCCUGGCGCGAGACAUCAUGAAUGACUCCAACUACGUGGUGAAGGGCAAUGCACGUCUGCCAGUCAAGUGGAUGGCUCCAGAGAGUAUCUUUGACUGUGUCUACACCGUCCAGAGUGACGUGUGGUCCUACGGCAUCCUGUGGGAGAUCUUCUCUUUAGGCAAGAGCCCCUACCCCAGCAUGGCUGUGGACUCCAGGUUCUACAAGAUGGUGAAGCGCGGCUACCAGAUGUCCCAACCAGACUUUGCCCCGCCUGAGAUCUACAUGAUCAUGAAGAUGUGCUGGAAUCUGGAGCCUACAGAGCGUCCGACUUUUAGCAAGAUCACUCAGAUGAUAGAGCGGCUGCUUGGGGACCAACCUGAGAAGGAACAGCUAAUCUACCAGAAUGUGCAGGUCACCGAGGGUGAAGGGUGUGACGAGCCCAAGCGCUGCGACGGUCCAUGUGACCAGUCUUGUGACCACGAGGAAGAGGAGCAGCCUCUGAUGAACACCAACAACUACCACUUUUGUUGAAAGCCCUAAACCCGCCAAUCAAUCAGCAUACCAAUCCCUCAUCAACAAGCAUCAGGAAAGUGGGAUCAGCUGUAGCUCGUGGCCAGGGUACCACAGAUUGUUCUGACCGCCGGACAGUUGAGCAGAGAGUCGCCUCAACAGCUAUUUUUUGCCCUGUCGUGCCUGCUCGCCAGACAGACAUGCUGCUGCAGCAAGCAUGUGACUCGCUUCUUCGCAGACCAUGACUAGAAAUUCCCACGUCCAACACAGACUGCAGAUAUGAAAGGAAACAUGUCAACAAACCACACAAGCAUCCAAAGCUGUAACGUAUCCUAAAUGUUGCUCCCCUACAGACUAUUUAUCACUCCUUCUGUUGUGUAUUUGAGCUAUAAUGUGUUACAAUCCAUCCCCCUACAAUUAUUACUACUUCUUUUUUUUAAUCACUGCGCUAUGACAGUGAAUGCCAUGUUUUUGUGGAGAUUCAUUUUUGUCAGCAGGUUCACUUCCUUUUCGUCAUUUUAUUGCAUGUAUGGUUUCCCAGAGGACGCAACAGUCACAAACACUGGAUCCAAAAAUAUGCGAGCCACCCCAUCUUUAAGCGCUCGAGUUGUAUUGACCAUGUAAAUUAUGUGUGGUUUUUUUUCCUGGUUAAAACAUGCUGAAAUCCUCCGUGGAGAAGGCAAAGAAUGGCCGUGCUGUUUUCCGAACUGUGCUUUCGUCAUAGCUGUAUUUCUUGUGACACACUUACAGUAGCUGUCAGUUGGUGGCAACAUGUGAUUGUCCCACGUCAAUCUAAUGAAUUAACCAGUGUUCAGUGUGAUUAAGCAGCAGGGGCGACAAAUGAACAGAGCAGGGAAAAUCUGUGGAUCUGUUAUGGAUCAGAUGAACAAGGGUUCAUGUUUGACAAUGUGAAAGGUUUUUUUUUUUGGUUUGUUUGUUUUUUUGCUGGGGCACAACUUAAUCUUCUCAUUUCCUGUGGAGUUAGACGGGUGUUAGGAUGUAAGCUUCGCCCAUGUCUGUAUGUAGCAGUCAGCCUACACUGCCAACUGUAUGAAGAAUAAUGUAUAAGCUAUGUGAGAGAUACAGACUGCUAAUGUGUGUGACUUCAGGCAUUCCAAAUGUGCUUGCAUCAGAGUGAAACACGAGUGAGAUGUCUAAUAAUGUAUAUAUCUCAUGAUGUAAAUCAAGAAUUAUCUUUAUUUUCGCUGAAUAAUGUGGUAGAGUAGAUAGUAGUACAUCAAUAUUUCAUACAUGUAUUGUGUUUUUUUUUGUGCAAAUUAGACAAUCAAUAUAAAAGCUGCCAAUUAAAUCACUGAAAAACUG